CAAACGGUCGUUUUCUGCUUAUUUUUGUGUUUAUUACGCAGAACUUUUGAUUUUUUGUCAUUUUUGGGGCUGAAAAUGAGCACAACUAACGACGAAACUGGCGAAAUUGAGAAUUCGGUGCAUCUGACGUUGAAUGAUUUCGACUUGGAAACGGGCGAAAGCAUAAAUCCAUGCGUUGCGGGUCCAAAUAUGAACAUUUUUCGCUUCGGAAGGAAGUCGACGACGUUUCAAGUGCCCAAAAGUUGCUUGGAGGAGACCAAAAAGCACGGCAGAAAGAGCUCCAUUUCGAAUAAAAGGACUUAUUCUGUGGCAAAUAAAAAAGACAUCAUUAAUUUGAAAGAAGCAAUAAUUUUAGGAUACAACAAAACCUCUCAUCGGAUGUUCUUCAUUCCCUCACUUUUCAUGUUUCCGCAAUUGUCGGCGGCGAUUUUGAUUGUUACGGAAAUUUUGUUGCACAUUUGGGCCCAUCGGAGGAACAGCAAGAACACGAAUGACUGCAUUUACUACAGAUCGCCGUUGCAUGCGCUGACGAGCCAAUUUUGCGGAAGAUGUCGUCAAACGAUGAUACAGGAAACAGUUUCGGAAUUGCACGAUAAGCGAUUGCGGAAGUACAAGUCGUUAUGGCGUUAUGUGUCAAGGUCGAUUGGAUAAAAAAAAAAACUGAAAAAAAAAGUUUUUUUGUUAUUAAAUUUUUCAAUAAAGUUUGUCGUUUUAAAGAAAAUUUUAUUAAAAAAUUGUGUGAAAUUG